AUGGACCCGCAUUCAAGACUCUCCCAGUUCAAUCAAAGAGCACCAAAAACUGGACCAUUCUCACCCUCCGUGCGAUUCGAGCCAACCCAAAAAGUCACCCUAGAUAAGUAUACCAAAGCCUCCUCAUCAUCGAUGCCAUCGGACUCGCCACUGUUCACCUCUCGCCCUAUCGCGACAAAUUCACGGGUGAAGCAGGAUGAACAAUUCAAAAAGGACAUGUUCCUUGCAUAUGUGAAUAAGGCCAUACGCGAGAAGCUCAAUGGGCAUAGCAAAGAUUUUGAUGACCUUGUUGACCAGUUUAGUCCGAAUAAAUCUACGCUCGCGCCUACCGUGUCAUCUCUGCAGCUCCGUAUCUGGCUUUCUGCACUUUCACAUGUCCUUUCUCGCCUCGAGAGGCGUCACGCACCACUGGUAGAGGCAAUCGUUCGUCUACCAUGGUCUACCAUGGAUGCUGUCUUCGUUAAAUCAUAUAUCGUAUUCAUUGGCAUGCUCAUAAGUGCGCGUCCAGAAUACCUAUUGCUUGUUCUUAACAGAAUAGCGAUGGGUUUCACAUAUCAAUCUGGCCUUCUCGCCGUCGCCUCCAACUUAGAGAGCUCCACCCCCUUAACGAGACGUGUGAUCUAUGAUCGACAACAUGCUCUUCUCGAACAUCUCUUAAACCUCGUACCAACUCUCCCAUCAUCUCUGGCUCCUCUCCUCGUACGAAACUUCCCCCACAAACGACAGCCACAAGCUGCACAUGUAGCUUAUAUUCGAAAUUUGCUCCGUGUAACUGAGUAUUGUGGCGAACUUUCAGAAAGGGUCCUGGGCCUUAUCGUGGAUCGAGCUUUGAUGGUCGAUGUGGAGAUUCAAGUAGAGCUGGAAGAGCUUGAAGACGCCGAACCUACGGACAGCGAACUCUUCGAAUUUGAUCCGUUUGAUACCAUAGUAGGGCAAGAGGGUGACUCUUCUGAUGAUGAAGAUGUUGAUGAUGAUCUGAGCGACCUAUCGUCUGAUGCAUCGUCAGACAAUGGUGCUGAAGAUACCCCCACAGACACCAGGCACAUUCAUGAUAUGGUCUCGAAACUUGACGCUAUUCUCAGGCUCGUAUUUGACCACUUCUACAAAUUGCAUUCAUCCAUGCCUACCGUCCUCGUACCUUCUUCUCCCUCCCUUCAUCCAACAACUACGCACGAUCGUGACCCACAAUUGCACGAGCCACAUACCCUACUUGCAAUCCAAUUUCACACUCUCCUAGCCAUCUUCGACAGAUCUAUCCUCCGCACUUUCAAGUCCCGAUACACCCAAUUCCUCCUUUUCUGGUACGCUUCCCUUCAUCCCGAGUUCUCAGACCUGUUCCUUGGACUACUUGUCGACAAAGCCCUCUUUGGAAGCGCAAGCGCGAGUGGCGUGGAACGUGCGGCAGCAAGCAGUUACAUCGGAAGUUUUGUCUCGCGCGCACAGUUUAUUGACCGUGAGGGCGCACAGAGAGCCGUUAAGGUCCUAUGCGCGUUUCUUGGAGCACACUUAGAUGCUGUCGAGGCUGGUAAUGCCGCUAGCAAUAAUCACAGCGUUUUUUAUGCGGUUGUCCAGUCUGUAUUUCUGGUGUUUUGCUUCCGUUGGCGUGAUUUACAGGAGGAACCGGACGAACAAGAGGUGGAGCGGAAGAUAUGGAUAAGCGAGCUAGGAGUCGUGCAGAGGGUCAUCACAUCUGAUCUCAAUCCUCUCAAGGUCUGCUCUCAGAAUGUUGUGCACCAAUUUGCUCGCAUUGCGCAAGCAACUGAUUUCACAUACUGCUUCUCCAUUCUGGAGGCGAACAAACGAGCACCGUACCCUGUAUUUGCCGGUGUAGCACCCGGUAGCGCUGGCCCACAGGAGUUGCAUACUUUUUUUCCUUUUGAUCCCUUCAAACUACCCCGCUCAGGCGAGUACAUACAAGGCGUAUAUCGAGAGUGGGCAACGGUGGCUAUUGGCGAUGAAGAUGAAGAAGAGGACGGAUAUGAAGAUGAAGAUGACCUGAUAGAAGAGAGCCCAGCAGUUGAUGACUGGGAGUAUGGACAAGGCAGCUCGUGCAUACCAAUCACUGUCUCGAAACGGGGAGAGUCGGAUGACGAUGGAUUGGGCGCGUCCUUUGGUGGAAUGAGCAUCAGUCCAGCUCAG